AUGUUUCGUGAACUUGAUACAACUGAUGUCGAUAAUGGUUUUGAUUCGAGUACUUCAUCAUCACAAAAUAAUAAAACUAUUAAUCGAAGUACAAGUAAUCCAGAUUUAUCACCAUCAUCAAUUAGUAUUAAAUCAAUGUCAUCAUCAACAAAUAUACCAAAUAACGAUGAAGAUCAUUCAGCAUUUGUUCUUAAAGUUUUUCGAAGUGAUCAAUCAUAUAAAUUUUUACCUGUACAUAAGGAAACAACAGCAAAACAAGUUGUCAUGUUAGCUAUAACUGAAUUUGGUAUUAUUGAUCCAAGCAGAUGUUAUUCAUUAUGUGAAGUAUCAGUUGAAAAUGGUGUUAUAAAACAAAAACGUUUACCUGAUCAUACUGACAAUUUACCCGAACGUCUUCCAGUAAAUGCUCGUUAUUAUUUAAAAAAUAAUCAUUUAACUGAAACACUUGUACCUGAUCACUUAUCAAAUGAUUUAUUACGUGAAGCACGUAUUAAUUUUCUUCAAUUAGAUGCACUUGAAAUAUGUGCACAAUUAACAUUACGUGAUUUUUCAAUAUUUAAAUCAAUUCAAACAACUGAAUAUAUUGAUCAUAUAUUUAAAUUAAAAUCUUUAUAUGGUAUACCACAACUUGAAAAAUUUCUUAAAUUACCCAAUCAAGAAAUGUAUUGGACAAUAACAGAAAUAUUACGUGAAAGUCAUUUAAUACAACGUUCAAAAGUUAUUAAACAUUUUAUUAAAAUUGCAAAAUGUUGUAAAGAUAUGAAAAAUUUUAAUUCAAUGUUUGCUAUUGUUAGUGGACUUGAUCAUAAAAGUGUACAACGUUUACAAUCGACUUGGGAACGUGUUCAAGAUAAACAUAAGAAAAUUUUUGAAGAACUUAAAUCUUUGCUUGAUUUAUCCCGAAAUAUGUCUGUCUAUCGAAAUUUAUUAAAAAAUGAAUUUGUUGUUCCACCUAUUAUUCCCAUGUUCCCGGUGUGUAUGAAAGAUUUGACAUUUAUACAUUUGGGAAAUCCAACACAAGAUGAUGGCUUAAUUAAUUUCGAAAAGCUUCGUAUGAUUGCAAAAGAAAUUCGACAUAUUACAAAUAUGGCAUCUUCUCCUUAUGAUAUUUCAAAUAUGUUCGAUUCUCCAACAUCUCAUCCACAAAUAUUUGCCGGUUUUGGCCAUCAAUCAAUGAUAGAUUCAUUUGGUACAAUGCGAAGACACCAAUUUGGUAAUCGUUUAUCUGUUAUGGCAAAUGGUAAACGAAUUUAUGAUGAAGCAUUAAUGGUUAAAAAAGUAAAAACUUAUUUAAAUAAUGCUGAAAUAAUCGAAGAUGAAAAUCGUCUAUUGGAUAUAGCCAAUCAAUGUGAACCAGUUGAAGUAGGAAAUACACCUGCAUCUUCAUCAAGGCUAUUUUUUAAACUUUCAUUAAAUAAUGAUGAUAAUGAAUUUGUUAUUGUGAAUACACCAACAAAUUCAAAAGCACAUGAUCAAAACAAUGAUGUUAUACAAAAUGAAAAACCUAAUACACUUAUUAAAAGUGAUGAAACAAAUAAUAAUAAUAAUAAUGAUAAUCGUAAUAAUAAUAAUAAUGUUGAUGCUCGAUCACGUACGGAUUCAUCGCCAACAAUAUUUAGUGCUUUUAAAAGUGCUUUGUUCAAUGUCAGCACACUUAAACGUCGUCCAUCACCAUCAACAUCAAGUUUAUCAUCAAAUUCAUCAUGUGAUCGUCGUGCUGGUUCUAUACAAUUGACGAAAUUCGGCACACAAUCACCGGAUGCCGUUAACAAAUUACUUCGUCUAACGGACAGUAGUCAUCAAACAAAAGCUCGUGCACCACAACGACCAAUUCAUACACCAACACCAUCUAAUAUUUUAAGUACAUCAGUACCGAAUACAGCAUCACCCAUAAUAAGUAGUGUAACAACCACAACAACAACAGGACUUUCAUCAUUAAAUGAACCGACUCAUCAUCAUCGUCAUAUAGCAAAAAUACGUGAUACAAAUAAAUUAACAAGUGAAAGUUCAAGUUUAAAUUUUAAAUCACCAACAUCAACAUCAUAUAUACAUCUUAUGCGAUCUCAUACUCAAUUACAUCAAAGUCAUAGUGAAUUAAUAAAGGAAGGUGGUGGUGAUUCUGGACGUGGUAGUCUUAAUUCAACGGAUACUUGUGUUGGUGAUGGAAAUGAAAAAUCGAUUAAUACAAUAAAUGAUGGAUUUUCAUCAGUUAAAGUUCGAAAUCGACCUCCAUUACCACAAUCAAAUUCUGUUACAUGUACAACUCGUCAUGAUGGUGUACAAAUUCCAAAGUCGGUGCAUAAUUGGUUUCAACGUUCUCAAUCAGAAAAUGAAGUGACUACAGCUGAUGUACCUGAUCGAGAAGAAACAACAGUCGAUUACGACGAACAUGAACAAGUGACAGCUGUCUAA